CAAAUUUUAAAGCACAUGUAAGCAUCUUGAUAAUGUUUCUGAUUUAUUCCUAAUUGUUCUUCGCCACACAGAAUCUUCGGGAUGUUCAUGCUCGUGAUGGAAGCACCUUUCAUCUGGAAGGUCACGGGCGUUACUGAGCAGAUCAACAAACUCUUCUCGUCGUUGUGGAUGAAGGCUGUGGUGUAUGCGCUGUUCCCGUUGUUCGGCUUCAUCUGCUUUGGUGUAACCACGCUGGUGGGUAUGAUUCUCAUCUGGACUGUGGCCGCGUGUUACAUCUCACUAUUCUUGGCCUAUAGGAAGGCGAAGAAUGCGAAUGCCAUGCAGAACGCUAUCCACAUGCAAGGCACAGAUCAAGACCACUUCGUGGCCCAAGGCGGUUCCAGGGUAUAGUAAAAACCCGUUUAUUAAACCUUUGUAUUGCUCCCCACAAUCAUCAAU